AUGGUUGCUGAAAGUUCACAGUCUACUUCGACUGUAAUAUCUUCAUUAGUAGCCAAUCUUGUAUUAUUUGGUAUAUUUGUUGGUUGUUUCAUCUUGUUACGAUUGAAAUAUAAACGUAUUUAUAGUCCUAAAUCUUCGUUUGAUUUAGUUCCCGAGGAAAAGAAGCCAGAACCACUACCCAAGGACCCAUUUAGAUGGAUAUUUAUCUUGUUAACUAAACCAGAAUCAUUUAUAUUGCAACAAGCGGGUUUAGAUGGUUAUUUCUUUUUAAGAUAUUUGAAAAUGUUUGGUUACUUAUUUGCAUUUGGUUUGCUUACUUGGAUCAUUUUGUUACCUGUUAAUGCCUCAAAUGGUAAUCAUCUUAAAGGAUUUGAUCAAUUAUCAAUUGCUAAUGUUAAACAUGAAAAAAGAUAUUAUGCUCAUGUUUUCGUUGGUUGGAUAUGGUAUGGAGCUAUUAUAUAUGUAAUUUAUCGUGAAUUGUUUUUCUACAAUUCAUUGAAAAAUGCAGUAUUAUCAACACCAAAAUACGCCAUGAGUUUACCUGGUAGAACAGUUUUGUUUCAAUGUGUUCCAGAUUCAUUAUUGGAUGGUAAACAAAUUUUUAAAAUUUUCAAUGGUGUUAAACGUAUUUAUGUUUCAAGAACUUCAAAACAAUUGGAAGAUGCGGUUAAUGCUCGAGCAGCAAUGGUUAAUCGGUUAGAAAUUGCUGAAAAUAAAUUGUUGAGAAUGGCGGUUAAAAACAAAAUGAAGGCCGAUAAAAAGGGUAUAACUUUAGAACCCACUGAUGAAAUUAGUGCUUAUGUACCAGAAAAGAAACGUCCUAGAUUUAGAGCAAAUGGAAUGUUUUCAUCAAAAGUUGAUACUAUUAGACAUUGUCAAGAACAAAUUCCCAUUUUGGAUAAAAAGGUUAAAGAAUUGCAAAAGAAAUUUAGACAUACGCAACCCAAUAAUUCCCUUUUUGUUGAGUUUUAUGAUCAAUAUCAUGCUCAGUUAGCUUAUCAAUCUGUUAUUCAUCAUAAUCCACUUCGUAUGACACCUGCAUACAUCGGCGUAGCGCCAGAAGAUAUCCAAUGGAGAAACUUGCGUAUUUUCUGGUGGGAAAGAUUAACAAGAAGAGCAUUGGCAUUUGCGGCCAUAUGUGCUGUUAUUGUAUUUUGGGCAAUCCCUGUGGCUUUUAUUGGUGUAAUUUCCAAUUUCAAUUACUUGACAAAUAAAUUACAUUGGUUAAGAUGGAUCGAAAAUUUACCAGACCAAUUGUUAGGUAUUGUUACUGGUAUUUUACCUACUGCCAUGCUUUCUAUCUUGAAUAUGCUUUUACCAAUGUAUAUUCGUGCCAUGGCUAAAGUUGCAGGUGCUAUAUCAUAUCAAAGUAUUGAAUUGUAUACUCAACUGGCUUAUUUUGGAUUUUUGAUUGUCAAUGGUUUUUUGGUUACUGCAUUGGCAUCAUCUGCAACUGCGACAGUUACUCAAAUUAUCGAAGAUCCAACUUCUGCAUUGGAUAUUUUGGCUGCUAAGUUACCAUUAUCGUCAAAUUUCUACAUUUCAUAUUUGACUUUACAAGGUAUGGCCAUUGGUGGUGCUUCUUUGUUUCAGGUUGUUGGAUUGUUUUUGUAUUAUAUUUUGGGUUACUUGUUGGAUAAUACCGUUAGAAAGAAGUGGAAUAGAUUCAGUGGAUUGGGAACUGUUGCAUGGGGAACUGUCUUCCCUCUUUUCACUCAAUUGGCAACUAUUACAUUGGCUUAUUCAAUCAUUUCACCGUUAAUUAUUGCGUUCGCCUUAAUUGGAUUUGCUUUAAUUUACAUCGCAUAUUGUCAUAAUCUCACUUAUUGUUUUGUUGAAGGUCCUGAUACAAGAGGUCAACAUUAUCCUCGUGCAUUGUUUCAAACAUUUACUGGUAUCUAUAUUGGACAAUUGUGUAUGCUUGCUAUAUUCGCUGUUGGUCAAGGAUGGGGACCGAUUGUUUUACAAGUUAUUGCAGUCGUGGCCACCAUUUUCAUUCAUGUCAAUCUUCAUCAAUCGUUUAGUCAUUUGUUACAAGUUGUUCCAAUGGAUACAAUGCGUGCAUUGGACGGAGUCUCACAAACGUGCUCAUUUAAAGGUGAAUCCGAAUUUAAACAACGUAUUAUUGAUAAAAAGAGACAUGACAAUGAUCCCGAAUUUGAAAAAAAGUACCUUGCUGAGCAACAAGAAGAAGAACAAAUUAAACAGCGAGUGCUCGAAAAAGUUCGUCAAUAUGACCCAGAAACUGAUAUUGAUACAUCCAAUAUAUCAGUAGUUCCAUUAUUAGCUGAUCGUGAUAUGAAAUUAACGAAAUCUGAUCAUUUCUUGGUCAAAUUUGUCAGACCUGAUGUGUUUUUGAACUUCCGCCAUGUUAAGAAGCUUGUUCCAGCUACCUACAAUGUUGAACCCAAACCAACUGAUAAUAAACAUGCAUAUGAUGCACCAGCCAUUUCUGCCAAGUGUCCUGGUGUUUGGAUUCCAAGAGAUCCAAUGGGAUUAGCUGAUUUGGAAAUCAAGCAGUUAUCCAGUGUUGUUGAUAUUAGUGAUGAAAAUGCCGGAUUUGAUGAGAAGGGAAAGAUUCAAUUUUUGGGUAAACCGCCAAAUUAG